AUGCAUUUCGAUUAUUAUCCCCCUCCCACGUUUCUAUAUUUACACAGGUUCUGGAUUACAUUACUGGAUUACACAGAUAGAACCCAUGAGAUGGGCGAAGAUGUCUGCAGGUUACUCAUCACCCCCACCGAAUGUUCCCCACCGACCACUCUAUAUAGCGCGCCGCCGGCCUUCGAACCUUCAGUAAGAGUCUUGCGGAGCUCCAGUGCCAUGUUUUCUGCCAUAACUUUUCUUGUAGCCUUCUCGGUGUUGGGAGCUUGCUGGGCACGGCCGAUGAAAUUAGAAAUCAAACAAUUUAAGUGCGCCUAUAGCACUGAUCCUUACGAAACUAGUGUUGACAUCACAAAAUGCCCGGGUUCUUGCGAACCUUAUAGUGAUAUAGCCUUGCUGAAGACCCCCGAAAGUUUUGAAGUACUAUUGCUUUUCUGCAUUGAAACCUCCGAAACCUUGAACCACCAGCGGUCGAUACAAUACGAAAAGAAACUGGUACACUGA